UCAUUGAAAGUCGAAAUGGCUUUGGCAGCUUCACACAGCAGGUCAGUUAUGUCUGCCAAACGUAAUAUUCUGUAUAACGUCACAGUGAGGCAAACCUGUCUGUUGUUUUCUACUAAUGACACUGUCUCAGAUGGCCAGAGGAAACCACCAUCAAAGAAACAAUUGAGAAAAAGUCAGACGAAAUCUCCCUGUACUGAUCAUCUGUCCUGGGAGGAAAAGCUGGCUGAUGUGGUCACUCCUCUGUGGAGGCUGAGUUACGAUGAGCAACUUGAGCUCAAACAAAAGCAUCAGGAAAGGAUACUUUCUCAGCUCUCCGGGCAUCUUACAGGUGACUUCCAAUCCCAAUCAUCAGCUGUCAGAAGUAAACUCAGCUUCCCUGUCUUGCCUGUUCUGCCAUCGCCGGUUAGGGAUGGCUACCGCAACAAGUCCACGUUUUCUGUUAACAGAGGAGUGGAUGGGAAUGCAAAGACAGUCGGUUUUUACGUGGGCACAGGCAGGAAGGGAAACAUUGUCUGCGUCAACGGGGACCACCUGCUCAACAUGCCGGAGAAGCACAAACUGGUAGCCCGGUGUUAUCAGGACUUCAUCCGCCUCUCGUCCCUGGAGCCCUGCCUGCUGUUCCACACUGGGGGUCACUGGAGAGAGGUCACGGUGAGGACCAACGCAGAGGGCCACACCAUGGCUAUAGUGUACUUUCAUCCACAGACGCUCACCCGAGAGGACGUGGCACUCCACCAGGCAGACUUGGUGAAAUACUUCACGCUGGGGCCUGGAUCAGUCUGUCAGUUGGACUCACUGUUUUUCCAGGAGAGCUGCAUGACUCGCUGCAGUCAUGAGGAAUCCCCCUACCAGCUCCUGCACGGUCAGCCACACAUAUACGAGGAGGUGCUGGGCUACAAAUUCCGCAUUUCUGCCGAUGCCUUUUUCCAGGUGAACCAGGCUGCUGCUGAGGGGCUGUACAGCACAGUGAGACACCUGUGCUUCCCGAGCCCUGAGGAUGGUGGAGGAAGAACCAAAGUUGGCGGUACUCUGCUGGAUGUGUGCUGCGGGACGGGUGCCAUCGGCAUUACCAUAUCUCCCAGAGUGGACAGAAUCAUUGGUAUAGAGCUCAUGGAACAGGCGGUGGAAGAUGCCCGACACAACGCAGCUCUCAACGAUGUACUGAACUGUGACUUUGUCCGGGGAAAGGCGGAGGUGGCGCUUCCUGGCAUUAUGUCCCAGCUGAGCUCCAAAGGUGGAGGCCUUGUCGCAGCUGUGGUGAACCCUGCUCGAGCUGGACUGCACUACAGAGUGGUCCGGGCUCUGCGAAACCAACCUGCUAUCCGCAGGCUGGUCUAUGUGUCCUGUAAACCGGAUGGGGAGGCUAUGAGGAACUUCAGGGAGCUUUGUUGCGCCCCUGACCCCCAGAAGAAACUCACAGGAGAGGCGUUUUCUCCGACUCUGGCUGUGCCUGUGGAUAUGUUCCCACAUACUCCUCAUUGUGAAGUGGUGCUUCUUUUUGAGAGGUAGCGGAUGCUUUUUGUUCAGAGGCGGGCUUUGACCCUUCAGCAACUCGAUGAUAAUGUAUGCUAAAUGAUAAUGGAUCAUCU